UGUCUUAUGAUAAUAAUUAAUUACAGUAUUGACUUUAAUUUAGACUUGUGAAUAGGUUUAUUUCUCCAUUUGUAAUCAGGCCUACUGAACACGAUUCCUAUUCCAGCAUGUUUUGUUUCAAGCAAUUAUAAAAUUUUAGGUUAAGCCUAGCCUAGGCCUUUUGCCUGAGUUAGGCUAUUAAAAAAAAAAAUAAAAUAAAAUAAAAACUACUGGCUAAUUUAUUUUAACUAUAUUUUGUUGCACAUCUUUUUGCGGCUAUUGGCUAAGUAGUACGGUACGGUACUGAAACUAAACCGAGGUCUAGCUAUAACAUUAUCAGAAAUGUUCAUUUUAUCCGAAUUUAAAGAUGUUGUCAGGACUUCUCCUGCAGUCUUCGAUAAAAAGCUCAAAGUUUCAGUUACAGAUCACCUCAACUCAAAGCUUGCGAACAAGGUUGUUCCCAAAGUUGGACUAUGCAUUACAUUAUUUGAUAUUCAGCGUUUGGAGGAUUCAUACAUAUUUCCUGGUGAUGGCGCAGCACACACAAAAGUAGAAUUUCGAUUUGUGGUUUUUCGCCCUUUUAUUGAUGAAAUCAUCAUUGGAAAGAUUCGAAGUUGUACAAAAGAUGGUGUUCAAGUGACGUUGGGAUUCUUCGACGACAUACUGAUUCCGCCAAGCAACCUCCAACAUCCGUCGAGGUUUGAUGAGACGGAGCAGGUUUGGGUGUGGGAGUUUGACAAUGACGGAGACAAGCACGAUCUAUUUAUGGAUCCAGGAGAGAAGUUGAAAUUCCGUGUGACUUCAGAACUGUUUGUGGAGACUUCUCCAGUUCAAUGUCCCGACAAUCCUGAACUCCCAGACACCAUUAAUACUGAGCCUAAGGUUCCAUACUCCAUCACGGCAACAAUUAACGAGCCAGGCCUUGGAGUUCUCUCCUGGUGGGACGGAGCGUGAAUUGUUGUAACUCAGCUGUACACUGUAUAUACUCUUGUAAAUAUAUUCUAAAACUUAAGUGCCUGGUGAAUCAUAUUAAAUUUAGCCUUUUUAUAUAAAUCCUA